CACCAACCACACACAAUGUCCGACGAACAAAAGCCGCCAAGCAAACCCGCACUCAACAUUCCAAAGGGCAACAGCCCCAUCUCGCCAGACGCACAACAGCCAGUGGACGAGCCGCUGUCCGGCAACUGGUGGCAGGACUUCAAGAAGGCCUUCAAGAUGAUCAAUGUCAAGGACGACUUUGAGCACAUGGGCCAGUGGCCAUGCGUGCGCAACGCGCUCAUGUACGGCAUUGCAGGCGGCGCAGGCAUCGGCGCGGUGCGCUUCCUCGGUUCGCGGCGCGUCCAUUCGGCAGGCAGCUGGGCAGUCGCGACGUUCAUCGCCACCUCCAUCGGUACACGUGAACUCUGCGAGAGCCAGAGGAGAAAGGAGUUGGCCAACAUGCGCAUGAUUCAAGAGAAGUUCCCCCAUCGACAUGUCAGCCACCUCAAGCGCAAGGGAGAAGAGUGGACACCGCCCAAGGACGAGUAGAGAUGUGCAGCGACGAGGGCGAGCAGGGAAGCAGGCAGAGAGGCGGAAACAGAGAGAGAGAGAGAGCGACGGGUAGACCUACCACCACACAGCAUCAACACAUAACAACACCACCACCACCAAUCACCCCUCCACUCUUGGGCAAAAUAAUUUCUCGUCACGCGUCUCACUCUACACGUAGAUCACAUAACAUGCAGAGAUU